UGUGACGCACGCGGUCAGGUGUUGCCUCAUAUAGCGCGCGAGGGAGCUGUCCCGGUGCUGAAACGGGAGCCUACAGGCACACGCGAAAGACGCGCACGGGGGGAAAUGCUAUUUUCGCUUCCAUCUAUUUUCUGAGCUCCUACCUCGCAAAAAAAAGGCGGCAUGACACGUUCAUUAAGCAAGCUCUUAGCGCUUGUCCUGGUCGCUCUCCUCCACGCUGAGGCUGUGCAUGGCGCGUCCGUCAGCCGUCACCACCGACUGCAAAGCGGCAGCGGCAAUCAGGACGCGUAUCUGAGCCCUAACUCUGACAUGAUCAAAGCCUUGCAAUACAUCGAGAGCCUGAAACGGCGCACCGACGACUCGGAAAGUCCCACAGGAGACUACGACGAAGUGGACAAAUUCCGGCUCCUGGUGCAGCUCGCUUCGCUUCGGGACGAAGACGCACCGUUACGCGAGGACGCUUCGAGUUGGCCUGAUAAUAAAGCACCAGAAUGGGUUCGCGCUCUGCUCAGGGUACUCGAGCAAGGCGCGGACGGCGCGCUGACUCCUGGAAACGAGCGCCGCUUUCACAAGAGCAGACGGCCGGCGACUGAAACCGACAGUCCCUCGACCGAGACCGCCGCCGUGGUGAGGCCUCACAAGAAAUAUCCACUCAUGUUCGAAGACGAGGAAAACGUCCGAGACAACAAGCGAGCCACGGAGGACCUGGACGAGCAGUACACGCCGCAGAGUCUCGCCAACAUGCGCUCCAUAUUCGAAGAGCUCGGUAAACUGUCUAACUCGCAGAACCUGAAGAGAGACGAGGCAGAAGAUGAUGAUGAAGAUGACGAGGACGUGUACAGACCCCGAAAACUUGCGUAUGAAGACGUGACAGGAGGAGAGGAAUGGGUGCCUUUAGAGGAGCAGGUCGAGACAGAAGAGAUGGUUAAAGGAAGUCAUGAGGAGUUUGAUCGGGGAUUAGAAGACAGUGAGGAGGCGCGCGAAAUGAUUGAGAGACGAGCUGCUCCUGCGCUUGAAGCCGCAGAUAAUGCAGAUGACGACACGAAACUUGUGGACUACGUCUUGCUGAAAGUGCUGGAAAUGACCGAUCAGGCGCAGAAGCGAGAUCUGACAGACGUGCAAAGCGGAAGGAGAAGAUUGCUGAAUAUGCCUUCUCUCCUCGACCCGCGGGCGAUCAAGCAGCUGCUAUCGGCCGUUUCUAUGAAGCUCCAGAUCCCUCCUGAAGAUUUGGUCGGAAUGCUGUUUAUGGAGGAGACUCGGAAACAACAACGUCUACCCGAACCGCAGGUUUUGAGGAAACCCAGUGCGCCUCGCUACCGGAGCCGCGUCAUCAAAUAUUACAACGGACGCCAACCGGAAGUCACAGUAAGCGACAUUCCAGCCGACGUCAAAACCGAAGAUAUCUUAAAGGUGCUGGGUCUCGGAAACCUGGCCAACAAGAACGCGAAAUAUUUCGUCAAACCGAGACCGUAUAAGACGCCCAUAUCAAGAUACUUCGCGCCAAGUGGCAGACGUGGGAGUUACUCGGUGUCGGAGUUGAACAGAGCUCCAAGCAAAAGGAAAGAUGAUUACGACGAUGCGGUGGAUGAAGACGAAGUGGCCACCUUCCUUGCCGCCAAACUUUUAACCGAAUACCCCGACCCCAGUUCAUCUGACCGCAAAAGAGCCGUGGACUCUUCUAACGCACUGUUUCCAUACGAAAUCUAUGAGGAGGCCAUGAAAGAUUACUUCGACCAAGUAGACACAGGGAAGGGAGCGCCUGCGAAAAGAGACACGCAGGGGAAGGAGGAGGCGGAAGUGCAGCAAAAAACACCGACCGAGAUCGCGAUACCGGAGCAGGCUGAUCAGCAAAUCCCCGAGUCGGUAACCGAAGGAGAGAAGGAGCAUCAUACUAAACUGGUGGCUGGAAUGUAGUGGGUAAGAAUAAACCACAAUGGAACAACAUUCCUCACAUCCCUCUCCUUACAAAUGCCUAUAUUUCCUCAAGAUUAACCAACGUUAAGUGCUUUAGGAUGACAUUCUAUAUUAUGUACAUAAUAUACCGUAUACAAACGUGCAAAAGUAAACGACAUUUUGUCUGUUUUGGGUUUAUUAGUGUUUCAAGUGUAUUUUUGCAACGUGCGUUAGUAUGAUGUGCACUUAUAUUGAGCACUACGGAGCUUGGUAUGGUCCUAAUCGUAUGAGCUAUAUCAUUAUUAGACACAGGUGGAUGUGAACCUCGUUUCUCAGUCAUUUUGUACCUGUUUUGAAGUGUGAAAUGACUCAAAGAUUAAUAAAGCAUUACUGUAUUAUUUUUC